UCUACCAUGUCUGAGCUCACAGCCUUGAUAAACGUACUCGAAGAUGCUAUCUACGAGCAGAAGCUUGACAAGGUCAACGAAAUACUGGAGACAAGUCCUGGUCUAUCGCAAGACGAUCUCAACCUAGCACUCGGUUCGUCAAUCGAUCCAGACGGCGACAUUAGAGCCAUGGCACCACUCUUUGCACGUGGGGCCAAAGUCAACCACUCUGCUUUUCGUAGUGCCAUGAUGAGAAAAGAUCUUGUUGCGUGGCAAGCAUUCAUCGACCAGGGCUGGGACAUCAAUUCGAAAGAGUUUGGAGAUAUAGCCCUAAGAUCUGCAGUAUAUAACGAAGAACAUGUCAAGUGGUUCCUCGACCAUGGUGUAGAUCCUAGUAUACCGUGCGCGAGAGGAUGGAACCUGCCUAUGCUAGCAACCAACAACGAUCCAGACAAGGCGAUUGCAAUCCUCAAGUUGCUACUCUCUCAUGGAGCCGAGCUCGAUCCCAAAGCUGCAAUGUUCGCAAUGGAGCGACCUGGUGGUCUUCCGAUUGUGAAGUUCCUAAUCGAAGAAGGAAUGGAUGUCAACGUUGUGCUACCCAAAACGGGAAGGCAUUGCCGUGGGAUGGGCCGUCCCGGGAGCUUCCCCAGAACGCUUCUGCUCUGUGCUGUACGUUGGGAAAAGAUAGAGAUCGUGAAGUUUCUUUCAGAUGAAGGGGCGGACAAGAACCUUAGUCCCGAUGGGUUUUCGGCCACUGAUUGUGCAAGGAAUCACGGUUGCACGGAUAUCUAUGAGCUUCUCUCCAACUGGUGAGGCAGGUUCCAGAAGGUUCUUGGCUGGCAAGACGUAAUACUCUCUACAUUCAAGUGAAAGAGACAUCACGUUCGUCGCAGAGGAAAGUACUAUUGAUGAGCUAUGCUCCAUCUCAGUGUUAAUGGGAGGCUUUCCGAACGGAUGAAAAACGGCUGUCAAUUUGUAUCUAUGUUGCACACUAUUUUGCGUCUACUUUCCCCGAAGUCCAUGCAUUCUAUGUUUGUUCACAACCCUGGUAAUUGAAACCGAGAUCGAGGAGGAACAUUGGAUGCUUCUUAAUGCUUCAACUACUCUCUGUUUUCUUGACGAACCCCUCAUCUUACUUGAGUG